AUGGAAGUUACAAGCACCACGGAUCAGAAUAAAGAGAUAGUAUCUAUCACAGAUUUUUGCAUUCGAUACUCUAUCCCAAGAAAGAUUCAAAAUUUAUGGGGGUUCAACAAAUGCAUCGAAAAUCAAACUAACAAUGGCCACCAGUCAUCCAAAGAUUCUAAAGUAAUCGAACAUAUUACAAAUGAUCAAUUUGAAGAAUUCAAGAAGGAAAUUGAAGGAAAAAACAAAGAAAAGAUCGAUAAAAAGAGAAAACAAGAAGUAUGGGAUAGACAUCAAAGUACUGAAUACAAAAAACCCUGUCUGGCCCCAAAUGAUAUCCAAUAUUUACAAUUCGAAAAAGCAAGUGAGAAUAUUGAAGUAUUCUGUGGUAAUAUUCUGCUAUCUUCGGAUAACUUAGAAGAACAAGAACAAAGUUUGCUCAAUGAGAUGACUUUCCAAACAUCAUUAAUCCGCACAUCUUCUUUCACAGAUGUAUAUACCUAUGGUGCGAUCAACAAUAAUAGUAACAAAUUUGAUUAUAAUAAUAAUAAUAAUAAUAAUAAUCAAGGUUUUAUUCCUGUUUCCUUUCAUUCCUCUUCAUGUUCAUCUUCUCAUUCCCCUUCUCCUUUCCAAAACUUCGGUACUUAA